UCCAUAAACAUGGUGAACCUGCUGGUUCAAUGGUUCUUACAUGGAGCGCACUAAUUUUUGCAAUUCCGUGCGACUUUUCCACCGAAUCUUUUAAUUUUUUGCACCGACCUCUGGCCCAGUUAAUGCAGAUCAUGUCCUUCCUACUGUUCACCUCGAUUACUGCGAGCAGCACGAGAAAACAGGCAAAAUCUUCUUAGCCGAUCACCAAUUCAAAAUGGCGGAGCGCAAAGAUGUAAACUUUUUGGCAGUCGCUGGCGGCGGCCCGUCGGACGUGGACGCAAUGGAGGAUAAGGCAGCCACCCUGGAGCGGCCGUUUCCAACCCCGAGCCCGGUGACCUCCAUGAUGAGUGGACACGAGUACGAGUUGCAGCAGAGCAGCCUGAAGGUGCUCAAGGCUGAGCUCAAGUUGGCAGCCCACGACAGGGAGAGCCUGAAGAAGGAGCUGCAGAGGGUGAGCACCGAACGCGACGGUGCCUUCAAGCAGCUCGCCCUUGCCUCGGCAGGGUCUUCACUGGACAGCAGUCAACCCACUGGAGGCAGUCUGACCCGCAACUACAAUUCCUCGACAAGCGACCGCAGUCUGUCUUCGUCAACAGCCAAAGACUACGAUGGGCUGAAGCAGCAGUGCGAGAAGGCAAUGCACGAACUGCAAUCGCUGAAGCGGCAGAACAACGAGACCAUCCGGCGGUGCGACCACACUAUGAAAGAACUCGAGUACUAUCGCGGCGAGCACCGAGGGGCCGUCACCCAGCUUGAGAGCAUGACUCAGGAGUCAACUAAUUUACGUGGAAAGUGCGCCGAGUUGAUGGCUGAAAAGCAGCGGGCCGAGCGCGAGGCCCAAAACCUGCAGAAGUUCCUCGAGGAACAGCGCAAAGAGAUUCUGGAGCUGCGGCGCGCCCAGCAAGAGGCCAUCAGCACCGACAUGGGGGUCAAUGAAGCCCUAAACCAGCAUUACAUGUCCACUUUGCGCAAGUACGAGGUUGUCAAAGACGACUAUGACUCGCUAAGGAAGAGGUACGACGAUCUGAUCGGCACUCACUCCUUGGUUGUCAACAAACUGGAAGCCUCCCAGGAGGAGACCACUCGUUAUAAGAAACAGUGUGAGGAUAUUGCUCAAGAACUGAAUGCGGCAAUAAGAGAGAGAAAUGGACUAAAGCAGCAGUGCACCGCUGCCAUUAGGCAAUGGGACAUUGCGCUGCGAGAGAGGAAUGAGUACAGAGACGCGUUAUCAAAGGUUCAGCAGCAGCAUGAGGAAGCUGUGAAAGAAGUGAACCAAGCGAUGGCCGUACGCAUGAAAGCUAGUAAGGAUCUGAAACGCUUGGCUGACGAGCGAAACGCAGCCAUGCAAGAGUACACACUGAUUAUGAGUGAAAGAGACACUGUGCACAAGGAAAUAGAGAAACUCACUGACGACCUCUCACAGGCAGCAAAGAAAAUCAAAGCGUUGGAAGUCGAAAACAAGGAUUUCGGAGAUGAGAAAAAGACACUCUCGUACCAAAUCGAGACCCUGAAAAUUGAAAUUGCUUCAGCUCUGCAUGACAGAGACAAGGCUCUCAAAGAGUGCAAUGACCUGCGGGAGAAAUUCGGUGGUUACUCCUCAAAGGAAGAGUCUAACAGGGAGAGUCUAAAGAGCAGACUAGAGUAUGAUAUCUACAACAGAGAAAGUUCAAGAAAAGAGAGCAAUGAAGGUGCGAGCAGCUCUCGAGAUCUGUACAGCAAAGCGCAGCGGGAACGGAUGGACAAUUUGGAUCAAGCGAACCAAGAGAUUGAUAGACUGAGGAAACAAGUUGACAAACUGCAAGCUGAGUUACAAGAGGCUAUUCAAGAGGCGGAGGUUUCAAAGAGGAGGCGAGACUGGGCGUUCAGUGAGCGUGACAAAAUUGUGCUGGAGAGAGAGAGCAUCCGAACACUCUGCGACCGCCUGCGGAAGGAGCGUGACCGGGCUGUCUCUGAUCUUGCCGAGGCACUUCGUGACUCUGAUGAUAUCAAAAAGCAGCGCAAUGAGGCAUCAAAGGAACUCAAGGAGCUCAAGGAGAAAAUGGAAGCGCAGCUCGAAAAGGAGGCUCGCCUCAAGCAGCUGCAUGCGGUUGGCCAUAAUCACAGCAGGGACUCUGCUAUUGAUGCAGACAUGCAAGAGUGGGAGACUGAGAGCUUUGACAUUGACCUGAGUGGUCUUGCAACUGAAGACGAUUUGGGCUUUGACUUAAUAGGGGGCCGUGAUGACCCCCAAUACCCUAAUGACAGCGCUGUUUAUAUUUCAUCGGUUGUUAAAGGCAGUGUUGCAGAUGGAAAAUUAAAAGCGAAUGACUGCAUGCUGAGAGUAAAUAACUUAGACUGUACUGCGGUCAACAAACACAUGGUCCUUGAGGCCAUGCGAACAGGGGGGAAUAUUGCCCACAUUGUUGUCAGACGUCGCCGAGGCAGCGCUCGAUGCCUUUACACAACCCAGCUGCAACUGAGCUCUAAUAGAGACCACGGCCUCACGCUGGAGACGGGAAUCUACAUCAGCAAAAUAAAUCCUGGUUCACUAGCUGCCAAAGAAGGGAAUCUUGCGGUUGGAGAUAGAGUUUUAAGUAUUAACAGUAAGACUAUGGAUGGUGUGAAAAGCUUGGCUGAGGCUAUGAUGAUUUUGGAAGAGCCUGCUGAUGUUCUUACCAUAACCACCUUGAAGGGUAUGCACUCACCCAGUGCUCCGCUGAGCUCAAGUUCAAGUGGACACAUUACCACAGAGGACAGUGCCUCAUACACUGCCAGUCCAGGCUCUAACAGAGAGGUGGCCAAGCAAAAAAUGGUCAACAGCUGCUCUCAGACUGAGGAGGAGGAGAGCCGAAGGUUCAUCCACAGCCGCACUGUUGACGAUUCUUUGUCUGAAAGAGCAAAACUUAGCAGUGCUUUUGGUGGAGAACGUGCUGUCUAUAAAGUCAAUGAUAAGCCAAACAGUCAGUCCGUAAAAGCAUGGGACAUGUUUGUGGAGAAGCUGGUGGGCGUUCGUCGUAACAGCAAGGAGAGAAAUCGGGAUGACAAAAAGCGCUUAAGUCAUGUGACCACAUAUGAGAGGGAGAAAGAUGACGCUAUUGCUGUUUUGGAUAAUGUUAUUGACAGUGAGAUGGACAACGAUCCUUACCGAGGCAAAAACACAGGCACCGUUGUUAAAAGAAGCAAACGCAGAGAAAAGGAGUUGGAGAAAAACAGGGGCACGUGGCCUAAAUGCAGGAGCGGACCUGUCAUCGAACACGCCACUGGGACGAUUCUGCACCCUCGAAAGACUAAAGGUCGGUUGCCUCUCUCCGUCUUGCUGAAUAGCUUUCCGAAAUAUCCACCCGACAACUACAAGGAGAACAGUGCUCCCACCACCAACAACAACACCAACUUGAGGGAGUUGCCAUGCUCAACAUUCAAAAGCCUCGACACUUCAAUGAUGCAGUACAGCAAGUCGGGACAACUUUUGGCCACUCAAAAGUCCUUUCUGCCUGCACCGCAACCCCUGAACGUCGACCUCAAGACAAGCAGUGAACUCGAGAGGAACGAGAGGUUAAGCGCUCUCACUCCUUCAGACACCAGCAUUGACUUCUCUGUAAAGUCCGGAAACAUUGAGAAGGAGGUCCUCGAAUACUACAUGCAGAAAAAGAAGACAAACAAACACUCUCAGAGUGACAGUGAAUCUAACCGGAGCCCCAUCGACAGCCUUCCAACUUACCUUAAGUCUAACACUGUCGAAAGAGUUCCGUCACACAGCAGAAUUCACUCGCACGGCUCCCCUACCUCCAUUCAUGCCUCUUUAGUCCGGCCUCCUUUCUCUUUGCCUCACUUUGCUCCAUUUUCGGUCGGCCAUCCACAUCCACACCCUCACGUCACAAAUGUGAGCCACACACAGAGGUACUACUCACCAAACCACCUGCAGUCCUCUCAAAGUGGCGAGUCAAUGCUGUCGGGGGACUCUCGGCCAUACACAUUUGAACCGCCGUACAGCCCUUCGCCGCAGCCAUUCAAUCAUUCCCACUCGCCCUCGGUCGAGUACAUGAAGUCAAGAUCCCUUUUGUCUGCACACUCUCACUCAAGCUAUAGGGGAGGUGAUGACAUGCUGGUCACUGGGUACCACGGUUACGAGGGAGGCACAUUUCCAAGAAAAAAGGAAAAUCAGCGCAUCAGAAUCCCAUCCAACCAAAGUGUGACUAGUAAGAGUAGUGCAGGAAAGCUGUCAACAGGGAGUAUUGAAAGGGCAGUUUCCGAGAGAGGCUCACCCAUGCCUUCAAUACAUGUAGAAGUUCUUCUGCACAGCGGAGAAUUCACAACACUUCCUGAGUGCAACUGGUCCAGCAAGCUUGCUCCAGGAGUGAUCAGAAAAGUUUCAAUAGAUAAAUCCAUGGAGCCUCUUCAUCUCGGAAUACAAAUCUACUGCCCAGAUAGUGGCGGUGUUUUUGUUUCCACUGUCAAUGAACACAGUUUGGCAUCUCGUGUUGGGCUACAGGUUGGUGACCAGCUUUUGGAAGUUUGUGGCAUAAAUAUGAGAAGUGCAACCUAUGAACUUGCUGCUAGCGUCCUUCGGCAGUGUGGAACUCCUAUCACCAUGCUUGUCCAGUACAGUCCAGAUAAAUACCACAUUCUGGACCACUCUGGCAGUAACAGCAGUGAGGGUGAAGGACACUCGAGGUCAGGCUCACCAACGCCUUGCAAUUCUCCAAAACCAAAGCACAAACCUUCUCCAGAGUUGAGAGGACCUUUGGUUCCUCUUCCCCCGUCUGUACACGGGACCCUUACCAGGCAUCAGGUCACCCAGGCCAUGUCCACUCUCACUCGCCAGAAUGCUUCGUUGUCGAACAAUCAUGACGGCCACUCAAAAAAUCAACACGAACCAAGAUUUGUUUUCCUGGAGACAAAGAAAUCCAGUAAUUUGGGGAUAAGUCUGGUUGGCGGAAACGCCGUCGGCAUCUUUAUUCACAGUGUGGCCCCCGACAGUCCUGCUGACAUAGCUGGUCUGCGGAUGGGCGACCAGAUUUUGGAAUACAACGGAAGUGACCUUCGUCACGCCACUGCCGAAGAAGCAGCGUACGAACUUGCAAAGCCUGCAGACAAAGUCACUGUUCUGACACAAUUCAAUGUUGACCGAUAUAAUGAGGUAAAAGACAAGCCGUGCGACAGCUUUUACAUACGAGCAAUGUUCGACCGAAACUCUGACACCACCGAGCCUUAUCUUCGAUUCAGGAAAGAUGAUGUGCUUUAUGUGGACAACACCAUGUUCAAUGGCUCUCCAGGACACUGGCGAGCGUGGCUGGUGGAUGAGGAUGGCCACCGCCAGCAGUGUGGAAUUAUUCCCAGUAAAUACAAAGUGGAGGAAGAGUUGCUCCUUCGUCGCAGCCUGGGCGAUUUGGAAAGUGGUGACGCACGCCGAGGCUCAACAACCGCCAGGAGAAGCUUUUUUAGGCGCAAGAAGCACCAGCGCUCUUCUUCAAGAGACUCAAAGGAACUCGCAAGCUUCUCUAACAGCAGUGUGGGCUGGUACAGUGAUUCUGGCACCCUGAACGAAGAAAUUUCCCUCAGCUCUUAUCAGCGAGUUGAACGACUAGAUUUUCCAGUAAUCCGGCCAGUGUUGAUCCUGGGACCUUUGGCGGAAUUUGUUGUAGACAAACUUGUGCAGGACUUCCCUGAAAAGUUUAUCCGGUGUAUGCCAGAGAUAAUGUAUUGCUCACAAGCAAUGCUCGAGAAGGGAAUCGAUGAGAGCAUUUUUGUUGACUAUCGACGAAAAGGCUCUCAGUUCGAGUGCACAACUGUUGCAUCUGUGAAAGAAAUCUGUGAUAAAAAUACACAUUGCAUCUUGGAUGUUUCUCUGAACGCCAUAUCUCGACUUCACCGUCUCCAAAUCUACCCAAUUGUUUUGCUCAUCCGCUUCAAGUCCACCAAGCAGAUCAGAGAGGUGAAAGACAGUAGAUUUAUGGAGAAAGUCUCAGCCAAGGCAGCCAAAGAAAUGUUUGAGCACGGAGUAAAACUGGAAGCCGACUACCGUCACCUCAUUACAGCUGUAAUACCAGGCGGAGUCAAUGUAGCCUACAUGUGCACCCAGGCCAAAGCAACUGUAGAUGCUGAGCAGAACAAAACUCUGUGGGUACCUCGAGGAACCAUCUGACAAUCGGCUCAGCUGCCACCUGGAGCAACCACCCAGCGACUUGUAUCUCUGGCCGAGGCCAGUCUCAGGUGGCGCUCCCUCUAACUCUUCUUGGCAGCGUUUGUAACCAAGCACCGAAAGCACACCAAACUAAAUUUUAGUCUACCAACCCUUUUUGGUUAGGUAAAAGAGCAGAGGAAGCAUAAUUGUACGUAGUUUUUAUCUGGAAAUUUUUAGAGCUUCCAACUCAAACACUGUUGACCCGAGUAUUUUGAGCUUUCCGCAAUUAACAAACAACGUUGAUUAAUUGUAGCUAUAAGGAUUUUCCCUUGAUGAAAACAUAAUUGUGAUAGAGACUUGCUCCUUCCGCAUUAGAAUUUUUGUGCAAAAAAUAAUAAUAAAAAAAUACUGAUUGUGGCGAAUUCAAAAUAAGCUCAAUAUCUACGAGAAGAAAUUGAAAAGAAAAUUUUCACUCCGCCGAAUUCUGCCUGAAUUGAAAUUGGCCUGUAUUUUUGAGGCGUUUUAACCUUUGCGGCAGAGCAAAAUAACUUUGUACCCCACCCAGUUGGAAACUUAAAUGGCAGUCGUACUGCCCAGCUACUGCCUAAAGAGGCGUCAAGAAAUCUUACUAGGCAGCUUUAAAGUUUUGUGACUUGACGUUGUAACGAAAAAGUAGCUUUAACUGUAGGAACUGUUCCUAUACAAACUCUUCGGCUUCUUGACAGAAAAAGAUGCGCAGUCUGUAAACCGUGGAAGCUCCAUUUUUAAAUAUUACACGCUCUCGGUGAAACAUCGAGCUUUUAUGCAGAAUUAAUGGAGGUUUCGUAAGAAUAAAAUUACAUCGUUGUUUUUCAUGCAGGGUUACAUGGAGAAAGUAGAACUUUCAUGUCGGCUAUCUUCCUUACUCUUGGCAAUUGUUAAAGCUGGCGAUAAAAAAAGUAUUUUAAGAAGUACCCCUGGUGAGUUGGCAUUUUGGAUUUUUCGACAACUUUCAAUAUCAGUAUUUGUAAAACAGCCAGGGGUGCUCUGGCAACAUCUGCAUUUAAAUUUUCACCCUUCGCUUUCUUUGAACUUUUUAUAGCUGUUAACUAAUGCAUUACUUCCGAGGUAUAACAUGUUGGCUAAUAAUUAAUAAUCAUUAUUCUGUGAUUAUCGGUUGCUUGAGUGCACAAUUACAUUGAGUAACGUUUUCACGUGGUAGCGAUUUGUGUACCUUUUGUACUCAACCCAUCCAAAUUGAUUGUUUUUUUGGAUAUAUAUAAAUAAAUUUCAACGUUCCGCCGCUAUUGUUAUACAUAUUACAUGCGAUGAAUAAUACUUCGCAAAAUUAUCAAAUAUUAUUUGUUUUCGAUUGUUUUCCAAAAAGUGAAUGGCAAAUAAUUAACGCUCCUCAAUCGAGAGACAAAAUAAGGUUAUAUGUUAUGUGGAGAUGUUAUAUGCGAGAACAUAUUAUUAAAAAUAAAAGACUGUGGGUAUAUCCUGAAAGCGCA